AUGGACAACGAUGGCAGUAACGUCCAAAGGUUAACAACCCAUCCGGAUGCUGAUGGGUCCCCUGUCUGGUCUCCCGACGGCACGCAUAUCGCGUUUGACAGGAUCAAGCAUGCCUCGAAAACCAACAGGCGCAUCGAGAAAUCAGAGAUAUUUCUCAUGAAUAGUGACGGAAGUGCACAGCAGAACAUCACCCCCCCAGAAUUUGUAAUCGCAUGGCAUCCGGCUUGGUCCCCUGAUGGACAACGUAUCGCGUUUUCAGGGGGACAAGACGAUAAAAACCCUUCAAACAAUAUUUUUACGAUCCAUCUCGGCAGCAAAAAGUUGGCGCAGUUGACGCGUAAUAAGACACUUGGAAUUGAUGCAUAUUCCCCCACCUGGUCUCCGGAUGGCGGCUAUAUCGCCUACGUGCAAACUGCCCCGAAAAAGUGGAGAACCAUCUACACGAUGAAAUCCAACGGAACAAAACGGCAAGCACUUAUCCCUGAAGAUGGUGUUUUCCGGUAUUCUCCACAAUGGUCGCCUGAUGGUCAGCAGCUACUCUUCGGUGAAGGUGAAGAUGGGCCCGAUCGGAUAAUCCUUCAAAAUUGGAAUACUAAGGGGCAUCGGAUUCUAAAGACACCGCGAAGUUGGGUAGCGACCUCUCUUUGUUGGAGGGGCAGAAACCACGUUCUCAUCUCAGCAUACGAACCUGAGAAACCGGGCAGUGAGUAUGAUAUCUAUCAAUACAAUCUCACCACAGAUAAAAUCAUCAAUCUGACAAACAGUCCGGGACACGACUUCGCGCCGGACUGGAGAGAAGGAAAAAGGAGAAGACAGAUGGCAACUACAAUUCGCCUGACGGGCGGCAUCGUAAUUUUGGAACCGAGUGGUAAGAUAAUUGGAGCCGCAGUAUCGGAAUUGCGAGAGAAACUCACUUCGCAGUUAGAUGCCUCCAAUGCGGCAUGCAUUCUCAUCAAUUUCGAGCACGUUAACAAGAUGGACAGUUCCGGACUCGGCAUGCUGGUAAAUGCACAUGUGGUUGCAAUGCAGAAGAAAAGCCGCAUCGGGAUUAUCAAUGUUGAAAAAAAGAUCAGGAACUUGAUCGUCCUAAACCGGCUCGUCAGCCUCUUUGAACGUUUUGAUACCGAGGAGGCUGCAGUUUCGGCAUUCAACCGCGAGCAGCGGGCCUUUCCUAUGAAACUGAAUGGCUCUGAAUGA